GGGAUGUGCGGUGGCUGCGGCCACCUGAAACUUUGUAAACAGCAGUUACUGACAGGAAUUGUGGUCACGUACCCGGACCGAUUUAGAUUAUUCUGUGGCAGCGGCUUCGUAAUUCCCCUGUGGACCGGCCGUUCAUUACCACCAGAUGUCUGGUGGAGGUGGUAAGGGGGGACCUGGGCCUAUCCCCCCUAGAUGGCUGCACUGUCCUCGUAAAAGCCACGCUCUCAUAGGAAAUAAAUUCCUAGCCUUCAAGACACCUCUAAGCUCAAAGUUUGAUGACCAGGUGCCGCCUGAACACCGAUUUUCCCCUGGAAUGCUGUUUGCUUCUAUGAAAAGUUACAAGGUGAAGAUUGGUCUCUGGAUAGAUCUGACAAACACAUCAAGGUUUUAUGACAAAGCAGACAUUGAAAAAGAGGAGGCGCGCUAUGUUAAACUCCAGUGUAGGGGUCAUGGAGAAUGCCCAACUGUUGAACAGGUCAACACAUUUGUGAACAUCUGUGAUGCCUUUAUAAGGAAGAAUCCUUUGGAAGUUAUAGCUGUUCACUGCACUCAUGGGUUCAACAGGACGGGAUUCUUGAUUUCCUCCUAUUUCAUCAUGAAGGAAGAUUGGGGUGUUGACCUGGCCGUUAAUGAAUUCAAAAGGUGUAGAGAACCGGGCAUUUAUAAGGGAGACUACCUUCGAUCUCUCUAUGAACGUUCAGGAGACGAUCCUAAUGAGGCUCCCCCAGUUCCAGAAUUGCCUGAUUGGUGCAACGAAUAUGAUGACAGCAACGUUGAUGAUGACGGCAAUGAGAUGGGAAAUGGAGGGAGUGGUGGCGGUGGGGGAGGUGGCCGCAGGAAGCGUGAGAAAGUUAAGAAGAACCCAACCUUCAUGGAAGGCGUUUCUGGUACAUUUAUCCUAACGGACCCACAAAAAUUACAAAAUAUUCAACGGCAAAUUCAGGAGAUGUGUGGAUGGAAUAGUUCUGGUUUUCCUGGUUGUCAGCCUGUCAGCAUGGACUUAGAAAAUGUAGGAUUCCUCCGUGAGAAACCGUACAAAGUUUCGUGGAAGGCUGAUGGAACAAGAUACAUGAUGCUCAUUAAUGGACGUAGAGAGGUGUUUUUCGCAGACAGAGAUCAUUGCAUCUUCCAAGUGCCUGAAAUUGAGUUUAGGCAGAAACAUGACCUGCGUGUUCACCUGUCAGACACUCUGCUUGAUGGGGAAAUGGUGAUAGAUGUCGACCCAAAAACUAAGGUCAAGUACCCAAGGUACUUAAUUUAUGAUGCCAUAAGAAUCCAAGGAAAAGAUAUUAUAAAUGAUACCUUUCACAUGAGAUACGAACGAAUAAAUACAGACAUUAUUUUACCAAGAAAUGCAGCUAUAGAAAAGGGCUUCCUUAACAAACAAAAGGAGCCGUUCAGUGUACGGAGAAAAGAAUUUUGGGAUGCAAAUUUCCACAACACCUCUAAGCUCUUAAGUCCGGCAUUCCAGUCACAAUUGAGCCAUGAGCCUGAUGGCUUAAUAUUUCAGCCUGAGAUGGAACCCUACAUUGUUGGCCGAUGUGAUGAAGUUUUAAAGUGGAAACCAGCUAGUCUAAAUUCCGUUGAUUUUAAGUUAAAAGUCGUGAGGAAGACAGGAGAGGGAAUACUUCCACAGACUGUAGGUCAGUUGUAUGUGGGUGGGUUUGAUCCACCAUUUGGCGAAAUGAAAGUUAAUAAAGCUCUGAAGCAGUACGAUAACAAGAUCGUAGAGUGCAAGUUCGAGACUAACCGUUGGGUCUUCAUGCGUGAAAGAACAGACAAAUCUUUUCCUAAUAGCUAUACGACAGCACUUGCCGUAUGCAACAGCAUCAAGAACCCCGUCACUCAAGAAUACCUCUUGAAAUUCAUCCACGAGCAAGGCUACAGAAAGCCUGACAGGGAUCUGAUGCCUCCUCCGCCUGCCAAGCGGCCCAAAUUAUCUUAGAUAGUAUUUCUACCCAGAGAGAUCAUGCAGCACAUGUAGAAUGUUGUAGUUAUGACUUUUCUUCAUAACAAAAUACAAAUACAAAGUUGCAACUGAUUUUGCAGUUUGGUUAAGUGGUAUUUUUGUGAUAAGUUUCAUUAUUGUGAAAUAUUAUUUUUAUGUAUUUAAGCCAAUAAAGAAUCUAAUAAGGAAGUUGGA